CUGCACCAUGUCCCUGGUGGAGACGAUCCGGCUGUGGCAGGAAGGGGUGUGCGCAGCAGAAAGGAAGGAGUGGAGGGCAGCACUGGAUGCCUUCACGGCCGUCCAGAACCCCCCUGCCAAAAUCUGCUAUAACAUUGGCUGCAUCCACCUUGUUCUGGGGAAGCUGGCUGAGGCGGAAGAGGCAUUCACCCGGAGCAUUGGCUGCGACAAGCACCUGGCGGUGGCUUAUUUCCAGCGGGGGACCGUGUUUUACCAGAGGCAGAACCAUGAAAAGGCCAUCAAGGAUUUCAAAGAGGCACUGGCCCAGCUGCGAGGCAACCAGCUCAUCGACUACAAGAUCCUGGGGCUGCGGUACAGGCUUUUUGCUUGUGAGAUACUCUAUAACAUCGCGCUGGUGUACGCCACGAUGGAGGACUGGAGGAAAGCUGAGGAGCACCUGACGCUGGCCAUGAGCAUGAAGAGCGAGCCCCAGCACAACAAGAUCGACAGGGCAAUGGAAGCCAUACUGAAGCAGAAGGUCUGUGAGCUGGUGACCAUUCCUGUGGGGAAGCUGUUUAGACCAAAUGAAAAGCAAGUGGCUCAGCUGGAGAAGAAGGACUACCUGGGAAAGGCUACGGUGGUGGCAUCCGUGGUCGACAAGGACGAUUUUUCAGGAUUUGCUCCACUCCAACCACAGGCCUCUGGUCCUCCACCAAGGCCCAAGACCCCAGAAAUCCUCAGGGCCCUUGAAGGGCAGCCGCAUCGUGUCCUGUACGAGUUCAUCCCCGAGACUGCUGAGGAGCUGCAGGUCCUGCCAGGAAACAUUGUCUUUGUCCUGAAGAAAGAGAAAGACAACUGGGCUACAGUGAUGUUCAAUGGAAAGAAAGGCAUUGUCCCCUGCAACUUCCUUGAGCCGGUGGAGCUCCAGAACAAGCUGCACAUCCAGGAAGAAAUCCCUCUUGAAGCUGAGAUCCCAGAGCUAUCCAGCUCCAUCACCCCAGAGAAGCCACGGCGGCCAGCACCAGAUCAUGCUCCUGUUACUGAGACGCAGCCGAGAGAAGCAGCCAAGGAGGCCAAAGCAGCCCUCUCCAGCCCCCACAUCCUCAAGGUGCAUUACAAAUACACGGUCGCCCUGCAAGUCAAGCCAGGCCUCUCCUACACUGAGCUCCUGGACCUGGUUUGCAAGAAACUGGAGCUCCAGCCUACACACACACAGCUGAGGUACAAGCCUGUGGAGAGUGAAGCACUGGUGACUCUGCGCACGGAGAACCUGGAGGCAGCUUGGAGCCAGAGCAAGGACAACUGUCUGACAGUCUGGUGCGACAUCACGGAGGGAGAAGGGUUUUUACCGGACAGCAAACCAGAGGAGAUGCCGCAGGAGGCAAUGCUGGAGGAGCCAGGACCAACCCAAGUUGUAGCACAGUACAAUUAUGAAGCCACUGAGCCUGAAGACCUGGAGUUUCAGGCAGGAGAUGUGAUCCUUGUUUUGUCCAAAGUGAACGAAGACUGGUUAGAAGGCCAGUGCCAUGGGAAGAUAGGCAUCUUCCCAUCUGCUUUCGUUCAAAAGUCUAACACUAAAGACCCAGAGAUGUGA